GCGAAGUUUGCAGCCGAGCGCUGGGCGGCCGCCGCCGCCGCCGCCGCCGCCGGCCCGGCCAUGGCUUUCCGCCGGCGGGCCAAGAGCCACCCGCUCUUCAGCCAGGAGUUCCUCAUCCACAACCACGCCGACAUCGGCUUCUGCCUGGUGCUCAGCGUCCUCAUCGCCCUCAUGUUCGAGGUUACAGCCAAGACUGCCUUCCUGUUUAUCUUACCUCAGUAUAAUGUUAGCGUGCCUACAGCAGACGGGGAGCUGGUCCAUUAUCACUAUGGGCUGAAAGAUCUGGUCACCAUCCUCUUCUACAUCUUCAUAGCAAUCAUCCUGCACGCAGUGGUGCAGGAGUACGCCCUGGACAAAAUCAACAGGCGUCUCCAUUUGUCCAAGGUCAAACACAGCAAGUUCAACGAGUCGGGGCAACUGGUUGCGUUCCAUCUCACCUCCGUGAUGUGGUGCUUGUACGUCGUGGUGACGGAAGGAUACGUAUCAAACCCCCGGAGUCUGUGGGAAAACUACCCUCAUGUUUAUCUUCCGUUCCAGGUGAAGUUUUUCUACCUGUGCCAGCUGGCGUACUGGCUGCAUGCGUUGCCGGAGCUCUACUUCCAGAAGGUCCGCAAGGAGGAGAUCCCUCGCCAGCUGCAGUACAUUGUUCUCUACCUGGUGCACAUAGCCGGCGCAUACCUCCUCAACUUAACACGCUUGGGGCUGAUCCUCCUGCUGUUGCAAUAUUUAGCUGAAUUCUUCUUCCACAUGGCUCGUCUUGUCUACUUCGCAGAUGAGAACAACGAGAAGCUAUUUAAUGUCUGGGCUGUUGUGUUCGUGGUCACUAGGCUCUUCACCCUCACCCUUUACAUUCUGGUCAUCGGCUUUGGGCUGCCUCGGGUAGAGAACCAGGCUCUUGACCCUGAGAGAGGGAACUUCUUCAGCUUCCUCUUCAACAAUAUCCUCUUCAGAAUGAGUGUGCUGCUGUUGGUGUGCCUCUUCCAGGCCUCGGUGAUGUGGCGCUUCAUCCACUUCCAGCUACGGCGCUGGAGGGAGUACUGGAACGAGCAGAGCACCAGGAAGCGAGCCGCCGUAGCUGCCACCAGUGCCAAGCAGCAAGCCAAGCCUCUCAAGAGGGACUCGGGUUACCAUGAAAAUGGAGUGGUGAAAGCUGAGAACGGGACCUCACCGCGAACGAAGAAGCUGAAAUCACCGUAGAAGCAAAGGCUUGUCUAUUAGGGAGGAAGACGAGAUACCAGGACUAAGAACCAGCCCCUUUUCUCUGUCCUCACAAGCAUCAUCCUGAAUGGCUUGGAAACCUGUCAUCUUCACAAGGUGUCUCUCACUCUCCUCCCUUCCUUUCUUGCUUUCUUAAACCAUUUGCAAUAAAACCAAAAAGGUCCCUUUCUCCUACUCCCUUUCCUUCAUAGGAGUGUGUUCCAAACCUCCUGGUUUUGUCUUCCUCUGUUUCAUUGUAAGUCGGUGUGCAAUUCUUUUUUCUAUCUUAGUGUUUGUUUUUUUGGUUAUUUGUUAUUUUUACAAAUGCGUCAUAGAUGAUUCCAAACAAUCCUUUUGUUCUCUUCUACAGCGUGUUCCUCCUCUCCCUUUGUACUACUUCCCUGAACCCUAGUUCAGGGACACGGCAGCUUGAAGGCACCGCAUGUCUGUGAUGAGAAUAGAUGCCGGGAGAAAAGUGGUGGGGGUUCUGUGCUCAAUCAUGGCUGUGACCAUUAGGCUCAGAGGAGUUUUUGGGUGAGGGUUGCAUCUCUGGGGACACACCUGUUGAGCACUUGACAAGUGCUACAGGAUGGUGAGGCUGCAAAUAUGUACCAGGAUCCAGGGGAAGAGUCUUGUCUCAUAGAGGACUUCUGGUAAAUGGGGUUCCUCCGACCUCUGGUUUUGAGCUAAUGUCAAAGAGCUGUGCAGCACAGAAGGGAGAAAAUUUCCCUCCUCAUACAGGAUUCUCAUCCUAGCCCUUGCUUGCCUUAGCUAUUCUGGUACAGCUGGUCCAUCUUCUUGGCUGCAGAAGGUGAGCUGUCUGUAUAGCUGUCCUGGACCUCCCAGUACUGAGAGAUGGGCUUUAUGCUUUGCAACUUUUAAUGUGGGAGCAGUUGCAUCCUCAGGUCCAGGAUGCGUGAAGUCUUGAGUCCUGCCUGCCCCACAUUAUGAGCACGUUUGUUGACUGGCCUGGGUCCCAUCAGACCAGGCCCUUCGCCUACUUGAGUGUGAUUCACAAACUUGGUGUUCUCAUGGCUCUUAACCAUACCCAGAUGAGCAAACUGGUUGCUGCGAAGGGUUUUGCAUUAAUGGGACUGUGCUCUUCAUGCAAUCACCUUAGCCUUCCUCAUCUCUACCAUACCGGUCCAGCUGUGCAAUCUGCAGCCAUCAUCUUUGUUUCCAAAGGAUACAGAGCUUGUAUCCACCCAAGGUGCUAUCAAAUGCAGGGUUCUUCCAAAACCUAGCCCCUUCAUCCCUUUCUGAGCUGUGAAUGAGAUGAUAGGGAAGGGAAUGGAAGUGAAGGGCUGCAAAAAGUAGCUUGUUUAUUAGGAAAGGCCUGACCUGUGACACAUAGCUGUUGGCAGGUGGAGUUGCCCUAAAUCUACCUCAGAGGCCAUUUAUUCCUACAGACCACUUUUCCCUCUUGCUCCUGCCUGUUGCCGUCUGUACAUGCUGGCAGGAGAUUCAUGGGAACCAGCUCGGUCCCCUGCUACCCCUUUGCUGGGGAGUAGCAUCUCCUGCCCAACAUUUCAUGCAUCAGUGCCAGCUUAGUGAGCAGUGGGCCUCUUCUUGGUGCCAUGCAUCGGUCCAGGUUUGGCAGAUGUACAAUAGACAGGCACCUCUCAUCUGGGGGAGUUUCUGCAGCUAGGCUUCGCUGUUGGUGCCUCUUGUGCAGCAAAGCCAGCUGUAGCUUUCGUUCUGCUUCACUAUGGCAGGAGCAGGUGACUGACGUGUGCUCUUGGCUGGCUGAGAAGAGGGUACUGCUGAUUGCACAGGGUCAAGGAGAGCAAGGGCACUCUUUGGUAUGCAAGUAGGGAUUAAAGUCUGCCUUUCUUGUGCGUGAUCUCUUAGUGUACUCCUUGCUCAGCCCUUUGUGCAAUUGAACUCUGCGGCUCUCUUUCUUUGUGAUUCUUGCAUGUGAGACUGCAGCGGUGUCAUCCUUCAGAUUAUUCAUGGUUUGAGAAAUGGGUGACAGUUGAUUUUCUGCCACUCUUAGAGAUGAGGAUUUUUUUUCUUCUGUAGGUGUUUUUGCUCUCUCACUUCCCCUCUCCUUGUUAAGCCUCAGCUAGUGCUGGGCAUGAGAUGGAGAAAAUGUGCAAGAACUUGACACAAAUUCCACUUGUUCCUCCAUCUUGGACAAAUUCCACUUGUUCCUCCAUCCCUGUGACUCUGAAUGUCAAACGAGUUGUCAGCAGGAAUUGAGGCGAGGGGUUCCCUUGUUUUCAGGGAAAGUGAGGAAAGAAACUUUGGAGCAGAGCCCCUGGUGGUAGCUUACAAUUGCUCCUCUUAGUCGUUGCCAGACAGAUAAUCGAUCUUUUGGCUUGACUGGAGAUUGCAACGGUGCCUAAAGUGCAACACGAUAGGAGAGGAAAAGAGUUUUAUGUUAGGGAGGACACAGAAAAGGCCUAAUGUGAAAGGCCUUUCCUUUCUGCUGCCUGCCAACCUUCCCCAGCCAUACGCUGCCACCUGCCCUCCAAAGAGUGACUGCUGGCUGGCGCCUCUUCGUAGUUUUAGCUGGUCCUUUCUACAAAGCAGGUGCCUUGCACCAGCUGAGGUAUUGACUCUGUGUUAACAGAUGACACAUACAAUCCCCCAAAACUGGCUGCUGAAUAAUUCCUCCUCCUGCCUGCUUUGCUUCGGGCAGCUUUUCCACUUGCACAAUCCUGCAUCUUCAUAAAGUAGCUAAUGAUGCUUUGUAUCCCAAGUGCCUUAUGUUGCCAUGUAGUCUCUUGUAUUCUUGAUCUGUGUACUAUAUGAAUAGCUAUACGCCUUCCCCUUUUACAACAUAUGGAUGACAUAUGCUACGUUUUUGUGUCUAUGGAUAGAGCUACCAGAAAAAGGGACAGUUUGUUUUGGAAGCAUCUCCAUGUUUUCUUUCUUUAUUUCGUAUGAUGGGGGAGGGGGGGAGGAAGAGAGAAGUUGCCCUCCUCUGUCAUUAAAGCCUUUGAAAUCCCCUUCCUUCUGCUGUUAUGCUCAACUGCAGUAUGACCCCCAGGGUUUUUGUGCUGAGCCUUUGCUGUAAUGCACUGUCAACUGUCAUUCCAGAGGUUUGCAGUCUGCUGUCAAUCAGAGUGGCUACUACAAGCUGCUUCUGCGUUUGUCUAAAUAGGAACACCAUCCCCCUGGCUGCAAGCUUGCAAUAGCUGGUUCUACAUUCAUGGCUUUUCUCAGCAGACCAAGCCUUCUCUCCAGCCCAAAGAGCUCUUUCUUUUCCCCAAAUGGAGUAUUUUCUCUGCAGGUCCUUAGUGGUGAGUCUUUCCUUGACCAUUCUACAUACAAAGAUGCUGAGAGCCUGCUUUUCUUGAGUGGAUGCUCUUCUCAUGCCCCAUCCUGUCAAUCCUUCAUCUUCUGUUAAAAAAAAAAAAAAAAAAAAAAAAAAAAGAUGCGCCCCCUCCCCCCCCAAAAAAAGAAAAAAAAAAAGGAGCUCUUGUCCACUACAGUGUGGAAAGUGUUAGAGAAUAUGCAAAACUGCAAGUCUCUACUUUCUGUGUAACACUAUUGGUUGCUCCAGUCCCUUCUUAUGGGCUUAUGACUGCUUCUGCAGUCUAUAUCCAUUAUCCAGCUUGAGAAGGCCAGGAAACAAGUAGUUUGUGAUUUCUUUGGUGUGAAGUAUAGUGUUUUCCUGCCUCUAGCCUAGAAAAGCUUUGACGUAUCAGUUCUCCCUUCCUGUCAUAGUAGGGAAUGGGCUUGGGAAGAGAAGGGGGUGGAGGAAGAAUAGAUGUAGCAUUUCACAUGUAUUUUCCAAAUGAUUCUUAAAUAACGGGGCAUUACAGUUGCUUCUUUUUUUUUAGGUUUCUUUUUUCUCAUUCAUCUUGUGUGGGGUUAGUAAAGAAGAAGAUGAAUUCCAGUUCCCCUGUAUGUCCCUCUACACUUAUCUCAUCAUUUAAAAAUGUAUUUUUGGUAAGCUUCUCUGUUGGUGUAGAGGUGGGGAGAAAGACUACUCAGGAUGCCUCCCCCCCUGCAAGUUAGUCUGGAAGCCUGUAGAUACGCUGGUUCAUUGCAGUUCAUAGGGGUUUACAGCAGCAUCCAACUCUUGCCUUAGGUGAAGUUUUGGUGGAAUCUGUUUGACUUGCAUCAACAACAGAUGGAGAUUAUAGUGGUCUGACUACCGUCUUUCUGUAAACUUCAUGAAUGUGUAAUAGAUGGUUUGUUUGGCAGGCUUUAUAUGAAACUGUGAAGUAUGUUUCUGAGUCUCUAGGAUAUGGGUUUGUUUUUUGGAUUCUUUUUUCAUGGCAGUGGGUAAGAAUGGAUGUUGUAAAAGCUAGGUAGAGGCACGUAGCUUUCCUUUGGACACGUUGAAGUCCAUGGACCAAACUUCAGCAAAGGAACUCAAGGAAAAAUCUGUUCUUCCCUAUUUAUGCUUUAGUGCAAACUUCUUAAUUUUGGAGGGGGUGGGGGGAAAGUAACAGUUUCAAAUGUUUUAUCCCAUUUGUUUCACUUUUCCUGUCACUUAAGUUUUUAUAUGGAUUUUUUGAUGUUUGUUGUUAAAUGACUUUUGUGAUAAACUCAACAAAAGUAUUUUCUGAAAAAAAAAAAAAAUAAAAGGCAUAGAUUCUUC